CUUAUUGACCUAGCGAUAAAUCCUUAACAGGAAAACAAUUUGAUUUAAUCCCAGCAAGAAGUAAGUUUCUAACGAAAUUAUCAGAUUGACUUAUUGUCAAGAUGUUACGAAAAAAGCUUCCAACAUGGAGACGCUACCUCACAGUUGAGCCCGUGAUAUUUUUCUACGCGUAUGGUCUGAUGAUGAGCUUCCCGAUUUUAGGACAGUAUGUGUACAGCGUCAUCAGCAAGUUAAAGGGUUUCCCCUACGAACAGUUGCUGUUACAAAAAGAGGGCCUAGGAUGUCAAGUACACUUCGCUGGUGCAAACAAUACUUUGGGGGAUAUAGAGAAAGAGGUACAAAGUUUGGCAACUAAAAUCAUCACAGGAAACACAUUCUUCUCGACCAUUCCUGCGCUCAUCGUGGCACCAUUUUGGGGUCCCUGGACUGACAAAUCACGGCGGAGAAAACCCGCGCUCCUUGCUCCUGCCAUUGGUGCAUUUCUUGGCAAUGUGGUCAUGCUCAUGGUCAUGUACUUUGAAUGGCCGCUGUACGUGAUGUUUAUCGGCUCGGCGCUUGCUGGACUCUCUGGUUUUCUACCGACCCUCUCCUUAGCAGUAAUGGCGUAUAUUGCUGAUACCACUGAAAAGAACGAAGUUGCUUUUCGGCUUGCCAUCAUGCAGAUGCUUGUCUUUAUGAUAGGUGUCGUGAGCCAGUUAACCAGUGGUUUUUGGAUCCAUAGAUUCGGCUUUAUCGUGCCAACGUGGUUCAGCCUGGGAUGUUAUUUAAUAUGUGGCCUCUGGGUUAUCUUCCUAGUUCCGGAAAGCCACGAGAAAGCCACCCACGAGAAACACAAUUUCUUCGAUAUCAAGAGCUUAAAGGUUCUUGUUAACAUAUUUAGAAAACAAAGGGAAGUCGGAAGGAAAAGUUUGCUUCUACUCGUUUUCGUUGUAGCCAUUCUCACCCUAACGACAAUGGGCCUUGAAGGUGUAACUAAUCUUUUCGUCAUGAGAAGCCCCCUCUGUUUUGGUCCUAAACUCGUUGGGUACUUUUUGGCAUGUAGAAUGUUCUUCGAUGGAUUGGGAGGAGCCGUUGGUGUCAAGUUGCUCGGAAAGUUUUUCAGCGAGUUAACUACAUGUGGGAUAUCAGUUGUCAGUCAGAUUGUUGAGAUGGUUUUCCUGGCGUUCGCAACUCGCACCUGGUUGGUUUUUGCUGCACCAAUACUGGGCUGCUUUAAAGCAUCUGCCUACCCCAUUAUUACGAGUAUUUUGUCACGGAUAGUUGGUGAUGAUGAGCAAGCUUCCUUGUUUUGUACCAUUGGCAUCAUUAAUAUCUUCUCCCUAAACCUGGGCAUGAUGUUCUUCAACAGCGUAUACGAACGCACUCUCCACCUAACAUUCGGAGGUUUCGUGUUCCUUCUAUGCGCCGCCAUAAAGUUAAUUCCUUUCUGUGUCUUCAGCUGCGUACAGGUGCCACCGACCGGAGAGCAUCAGGAAAAAGGAGAAGAAUUGGAACUGAAGGAUGAUGACGAAAAUCGCAAUAAACAGGACGAGAAAUUGCUCAAGGAAAAGGAAAAAGACGAAAACCAAGAAACCAAACAUGAAAAUGGUACGUCGAGGGAAGCCGUCGCGAUUGACCCUGAUGAGAUAGAGCUAAUGAAGCCAACAGAUGAUUAGGAAUAUCGAUAGGACAUUUAUAGGAAGCCAAAAAAAACGCAGGCUAGGCCAACACAUCGACAGACGGGCAGGCGGACAGACAGACAGACUGACAGACAGACAGUUAACAGAACGAUGACACGAAAUAGAUCAUGCUUUGUAGGUUUUACAUUGUGUAAUAAAAUCCAGGGGCUUAUAACAUUCGAUAGAGCUUCGGUGGCAUCAUCGAUAACAAUUUUCAGGUUUUUUAUCGCUAUAUUAAUAUUUUUUUUCGAUAAGUAGGUUAGGAUAUGGCAGCCACAAGCUGAUGUGAUUCAGGAAUUAAGACUCUUAAGACAUAGUUUGAGGACAAACAACUGAAUCUUGUAGCGGGGAAUAAUUGGGGCGACGUAAAACGUUCGAAGAAUAGUUUUAAGAAGCAUUUAUUGACAAAGCCUUCUAGUUAGAAUAAUACGCAUGCACGGCACAGACACAAAAGCAAUGCACUCAGCGUUUAUUGGACAUGAUACACUUAGCCAAACAAACUUUUUAUGUAAUGUAAAUAUCAGAAGAAGAGGAACACAUUCUCCGAGGGACUGGUCAUUACUUUGCGCCUUACGGAGGGGAGGGAGAGGAAGGCGAAGGAUUUUGGUUUCGUCAAGAUAAAAUUUACCUGUUCCUCCCGUAAGUUUCUGUAAUAUUCAUUCGACAACUCCCCUCUC